GCCAGAGGAGUGUAGAGCUCAGUGUGUGUGUGUGAGUGUGAGAGAGAGGGAGCUCAGUGUGUGUGUGAGAGCUUCACCAAUGACCAGCUGAAAACAACCACUGCUCCGACUCUGAUCCGCGGGGGUGGGAGCGCACAAGUUCGGAUUUGGACUUUUUUUGGGGGGGGGAAACCAUGGGAUUCGAGCUGGACCGCUUCAAGGGGACCGUGGACCCGGACUUCAAAUGCAACUUGUGCAACAAAGUGCUGGAGGACCCGCUGACGACUCCGUGCGGCCACGUCUUCUGCUCCGGCUGCGUGCUGCCCUGGGUGGUGCAGCAGAGCAGCUGCCCCGUCAAAUGUCAGCGGAUCUCCGCCAAGGAGCUGAACCACGUCCUGCCGCUGAAGAACCUCAUCCUGAAGCUGGAGAUCAGAUGUGACAACCACGCGCGGGGCUGCGAUGCCGUGGUGAGGCUGCAGCAUCUGGCCGAGCACACCGAGGUGUGCGACUACAGCCCGGCCAAGUGCCGGAACCGGGGCUGCGGCGAGGUGCUCACCCUGCGGGACGUGGACGCUCACGCGCGGGAGACGUGCGACUACAGGCCGGUGGGGAACUGCGAGGGCGGCUGCGGGCUGAUGCUCACCCACCGGGAGCAGACGUCGGGCGGCCACUGCUGCCUGGGAGCCCUGAAGGCGCACAACAGCGCGCUGCACUGCAAGAUCCUCAGCCUGGACCGGGAGUUCAAGAAGCAGACCAUCAAAGCCAACAAGAGGGAGAAGACGCUGCUGGCGCAACUGUCCUCCGUGCACAGCGAGCUGCAGAUGACUGCGCUGAAGUACCAGAAGAAAUUCACCGAGUACAGCGAGAGGAUCGACUCCCUCACCGAGACCGUGGCUUUCUCCUGCAAGGAAGGCGAGACAAAAAGCUUGACGGUUGUUCUUCUUCGUGAGGGCGGAUCUCUGGGUUUUAACAUCGUAGGAGGAAGGCCAUGCGCGGAUGAUAAUGACGGCACUUCAAAUGAAGGGAUCUAUGUAUCCAAGAUCGUCGAGGAUGGUCCAGCGGACAAGGAAGGAGGCCUUCAAAUCCACGACAGAAUAAUAGAGGUCAAUGGCAAGGACCUGUCCAAAGCCACCCACGACCAGGCGGUGGAGGCCUUCCGCACCGCCAAGGAGCCCAUCGUGGUCCAGGUCCUGCGCCGGGCCCCUCACCCCAAAUCGGUCAGCCCCGCCGCUGACACCCAGGUGUCGGACACCAGCACUCAGACCGACAUCACCCUUCAGCACAUCAUGGCCCUCACCAAGCUGCCUCCUGCUUCACCACCCAUGAUGGAGCUGGAGGAGUAUCUGCUCACAGAGGAGCAUCCUGCAGGACAUGCAUACUUUGACCCCAAUGAUUUCCUGGAGGGCAUUCAGCAGGACAUAGAACGGGAGGAGCUGGAAUAUGAGGAGGUGGAUUUAUACCGAGCCAACAUCCAAGACAAGCUCGGCCUGACCAUCUGUUACAGGACUGAUGACGAGGACGAGGCUGGGAUCUACAUUAGUGAGAUUGAUCCGAACAGCAUUGCUGCAAAGGACGGCAGAAUAAGAGAAGGGGACAAAAUCAUCCAGAUCAAUGGUAUUGAGAUCCAGAACCGGGAGGAUGCUGUAACUCUGCUGACCAGUGAGGGGAACCAGAAUAUCUCCCUGCUGGUGGCCAGACCAGAGAUGCAGCUGGAUGAGGGCUGGAUGGAUGAUGACAGGAACGACUUCCUGGAUGACCUCCACAUGGACAUGCUGGAGCAGCAGCACCAUCAGGCCAUGCAGUUCACUGCCAGCAUGCUUCAGCAGAAGAAGCACGAGGAGGACGGAGGCACCACCGACACAGCCACGCUGCUGUCCAACCACCAUGAGAAGGACAGUGGGGUUGGGCGCACAGAUGAGAGCACGCGGAAUGACGAGAGCUCGGAGCAGGAGAACCUAGGCGAUGACCAAACCACAGCCUCCAACACGCUGGGCAGCUGCAGAAAGCUGACCUACAGCCAGGACACGCUGGGCAGCACCGACCUGCCCUUCAGCAGCGAGUCGUUCAUCUCCACUGACUACACCGACACCGACUUCCUGGGCAUCCCGGCUGACGAGUGCGAGCGCUUCAGGGAACUCCUGGAGCUGAAGUGCCAGAUGAGGAGCAGCGGAGCCCAGGGUCUGUACUGCCAGGGCGGCGGGGCAGGAGGUCAAGACCAGGAGUGUGUGGACAAGGAGCUGGAGCUACUCAAUGAGGAGCUGCGCACCAUCGAGCUGGAGUGCCUGAACAUCGUCCGUGCGCACAAGAUGCAGCAACUGAAGGAGCAGUGCCGUGAGUCCUGGAUGCUGCACGACAGCGGUUUCCACAACUACAAUACUAGCAUAGAAGCUUGUCACCAUGAGCUCUCAGACAUCACAGAGCUGCCAGAGAAAUCAGACAAGGACAGCUCCAGUGCCUACAACACUGGGGAGAGCUGCCGCAGCACGCCUCUCACGCUGGAGCUGUCUCCAGAUAACUCACUCCGCAGAGGAGAAGAGAAUCCGGCCGGGGCAUCUGGCUCUACCAGCAGGUUGCUCAAACCAGUCCCGUCCCCCGUCCAGGAUGCUUCUGGCCCAAGCCGCAGCAGAGGUUCCUCCAAAGAUCAAGAUGGAGCCCCGCAGGCGGAGGGCAAGGAGAAGAAGCUAGGAGAGUCCAGUAAGUCUGGGCGGAGCUAUCCUCAUUCGCCUUACAAGCACGCUCACAUCCCCGCCCACGCCCAGCACUACCAGAGCUACAUGCAGCUGAUCCAGCAGAAAUCGGCUGUGGAGUACGCCCAGAGCCAGAUGAGUCUUGUCAGUAUGUGCCGGGACCCAAUCACAACUAGUGACAUGGAGCAUAAGACGGAGUGGAAGGUGAAGAUCCGCAGCGAUGGCACGCGCUACAUCACCAAGCGCCCCAUCCGGGAUAAGCUGCUGAGGGAGCGCGCCCUCCGCAUUCACGAGGAACGCAGCGGCAUGACCACAGACGACGACGCCAUAAGCGAGCUGAAGAUGGGCCGCUACUGGAGCAAGGAGGAGAGGAAGCAGCACGCCGUUCGGGCCAAGGAGCAGAGGCAGCGCCGAGAGUUCAUGAAGCAGAGCCGAGCUGAUUGCCUGAAGGAGCAGACCUACCUGGAGGACAAAAAGGAGCCCAACAUCAUCGAACUCAGCCACAAAAAGAUGAUGAAAAAGAGGAAUAAGAAAAUAUUCGACAACUGGAUGACGAUCCAGGAACUGCUGACUCAUGGUACCAAGUCACCAGACGGCACCAGGGUUUACAACUCACUCCUGUCCGUGACCACAGUCUAAAUCCUGCCUUGAGUCCAGUGUCAGGCCAGCUAGAGGAGGACGGACUGGAGUGUAAUGGACUGUACAUAGAACACUACCAGUUAGGGUAGAGAUUCCUGCCUCGUUCAAUGUGGCAACAUUUUGUAAAUAGGAAAUAAGGAAAGCCUUUUCUGAUCAGACAUUUUCCACCCCUGCGGUGAAGAGGAGCUCCUGUAGAUGAGGGUUGGACUUGGACAUGAACUCGACAUGGCUAUGAAGAUGAUUUUGGAAACAUUUUUCAGAUUCUUUCAAUAACCUUUUCUACCUUAUUGCUUGCUCUUUUGAAUAAUUUUGGAAACGGAAAAACAAUAUUUGACUUUUUGGAAGGUUUUCAGAAGUGUGUAAAGACCGUGUGCCAUACAGAAAACAGCCAGCAUUUACACUAUUAUACAUUAUUUUGUUUGUACUAUAUAUCUCUUAUCAGUAUUUUACUGUUAUGCAUACUUAAUGCUUUUAUGGAAACAAUGCUUUUUCCCUGCAAGGUAGAACACAUAAUCCUUUUCAAAAGGACUUUUGUAAAUUAAAAAAUAAAAUUUUUGUAACAAAUCCACUUUUUUUAGUUUUAAUUUCUCUCUAUGGGUGCUGAUCUACCAAAGUUGAUACCACCAGCGAUAUAUACCAUCUGUUACAUAAUGCAGAGAAAAACAUAACAUGAUAUCAUUGUGUCUGUACGUAUGUUUAGAAGAAAGAAAGAUGUUUCUCACAUUGUUGAUACUGAAAUGUCUGUUUGUUGAAACACACGUUGUAGUCGCUUUUGCUUUCUUAGGGUUUACAUGUAUUGAGCAGAAUAACAGCAUUACAAAUCCUUAGUUAGCCACACAAUUUGAUGUCUUGUAAAAUGAGAGAAAUAAUAAAUUAUUGUUUUAUAUAUGAUGAGCUUUGAAA